AUGUUAUCUUUGUCGUCCGCUGUCACCGAAAAGUCUAAACGCACGAUUUAUAUAUUGAAAGAUUUCAGCCUAAAAGUAUCAAAUUCAUCUACGAUAAAAAUAAUGGGAGGAAUACGUCACGCAUGGUGGGGUCACCUGGGAGGACCAGUUCAACGUGGGGUUGUCACUUAUUCCCUUUCUCCGUAUGAACAACGAGCCUUCGCCGGCGCUUUAAAGCAUGGUGUCUUCAAUACUUAUCGCCGCUUUAUGUCUCAACUUCCAUACAUUGGGAUUCCUGGUCUUUUUGCCUACGGCAUUUAUCGUUGGGGAACUGAACGAUACAAAUAUUUACAGUCUAAAGCAGGUCAUGCAGAACUUCAAGCUAUUUUGGCAUAA